AUGGGUCGGAAGCGGUGUGUAGGUGCAGAUUGUUCCAAGAUGGCGGCCGGGUGCUGCGGGGUGAAGAAGCAGAAGCUGUCGGGAUCGCCCGGGUCGGGGGGUCCCGGCGGGGUGGGGGCUGGAAGCGGAGUGGCAGGAACCGGACAUUGUGGAUCGGAGUUGGGGAUUGGCUCCUCGGCCACUGUUGCGGGAGCGCCGAACGUGAGCAGGGCCAACGGCCUGGGGGGACCCGGGGGUAACGUUAGCGGUGGUGGUAGUAAUAGUGGGAGCGGCGGCACGAGCACUCUAUCGACACUGUCUCCAGCCCCGGCCGGUUACACCUCAUCCGGCCUUAGCCCAAAUCUCAGCCCUGGACCGGGAAGUGGAGGCAGGAAAAUGGUGGUUUCGGCGGAGAUGUGCUGCUUCUGCUUUGACGUGCUUUAUUGCCAUCUGUACGGAUACCAACCUCCGAGAACACCCAGGUUUACAAACGAUCCCUACCCGCUAUUCGUCACAUGGAAAAUAGGCAGAGAUAAGCGGUUGAGGGGUUGUAUAGGUACAUUUUCUGCCAUGAAUCUGCACUCAGGACUCAGGGAGUACACCCUUACCAGUGCCCUUAAAGACAGCCGCUUCCCCCCCAUGACAAGGGAUGAGCUGCCUCGCCUCUUCUGCUCAGUGUCUCUUCUCACCAACUUUGAAGACGUCGGUGAUUACCUUGACUGGGAAGUGGGUGUUCACGGUAUUAGGAUAGAAUUUUUCAAUGAGAAAGGAUCAAAGCGCACCGCCACCUACCUGCCAGAGGUUGCAAAGGAGCAAGGUUGGGACCACAUUCAAACCAUAGAUUCCUUACUACGAAAGGGAGGUUACAAAGCUCCCAUCACUAAUGAUUUCAGGAAGACCAUUAAGUUAACCAGGUACCGUAGCGAGAAGAUGACAAUGGGCUAUGCGGAAUACAUUGCCCACCGCCAACAUCAUCACUACCAGAAUGGCAUCGGGCACCCUCUUCCACCGUACAACCAUUAUUCCUGACAGCGAGCCGCAUGACCAAUCAUUGGACCUCUCUGCGGACCUUUUCCCAGGAGAGCCCGCCCCCUCCUGGUCUAGCUAUUUCUACUA